GCUUUCUACUUGUGUGCUAUUGACACUCUUCUCAAUAGCUUUUCCCCAGUUUCAGCUGAGUCUCGAACAGCUCAAUUCUGGUACAGCGCUAUUUAAUCUCUCCUACAGGGUCUACUUGCACACCCAUCCUCCACCACAAAUACCGAAUCUCCUAAGCAGUCGAAUUUGCCUCCUAGUAGCAUUUCAUCAUGCCUCCCCCCAAAAUUGCCUCUAACCAAGCGGAAGCCCGCAAAACAAAAACUGAGUGUGUCAUCUUACCGCGUCGGAACAACAAACCACCACUACUGACCGUACCAAGCAAGCCACGCAAGCAAGUUGGAUUCUCCGACCUACCUGGAGAAGUGCGGAACCAGAUUUAUGGCUAUUACUUUCAGAAGCGUUCUCGUGUCGAGCUACACACGGUUCCAAAACGCACAACACGAAAGAACCCGCUCCCUCGCAAGUCCAAUCAAACGUUCAUCUUCGUGAGCCCGACGGCGGACUCAAGGAAAGUGGUCUAUUCACCGAAGAAGCCAUCAGCACAAUCAACAGUACACAUCACUCGUCCGCUCUUCAAAAGCUGUCACAAGAUCAGAAGCCAGUAUCACGAUACAAAAUGGUCCAGCUCAAUCGGUGCGCUGUUCCUUGUCAGCCGUCAGCUCUACGAAGAGACUAUACAUUUCCACUACGUUAACACCACCUUCGUAUUCGACACCAGCAAGCGUCUCCGGUCUUUUCUGACUCACGUCUCUACCGAGCGUCUCUCCGCCAUCCGGAAUAUCGAGGUCAAGCACAUAUCCUACGGCGAGCCUCAACAUCCCCGCGAUUGCGUAUACAAGAAUAAACACGACGAGAAAUGGGAGGUUCUCUGCGCUGACACUGCCCGGCUUAUGCCCAGUCUGCGCUCCUUGGUCGUGUCCUGGCACGUUGUCGAAUGCCCCAUGCGCUUCGAGGUGACGGAAGAAUGGCUCAAGCCGCUCUGGGCAUUCAACGUGCUUAAUAAGUCUACAACCCCGUCAGAACUUCGUCACCUGAAGCGAAGUCAUGAUAUCGUCCAAGAUACCAAAAUUCUGCAGUCAGCCGUACGCGAAUCACCGUUCAAGAUGCGGGUGCGGUUUUCAACAUUCGCAGAUGCAGCGCAUCGGUAUCAGCUGAAGAAGUAUCAGAUUGACCCGCGGCUCACAGCGGCGUAUGAUGCUCUGAAAGGAAGGUUCGAACAGGCAAUCGGAUACGUGGUUGCUGGAUGGACUAUGAAGGACGCUAUCUGGGUGUACAAGGAAGUGUAUCGCCAGCGGCACAUCAUGUGGGUCGCAAACUUGAACUUGAAUGAGCCAUUGGCGAUCUUCAUAGAGGAUUGAGGGUGUGCUUGGUUUUGCUGUGAUUCUUACAAGAGGAGGUUUGUCUCGGUUGUUACACGGAAGUACACAUCAACAAAGAGACACAAUCGCAACGAGAAGUGAUUUGAGUAUAGGGAUAGCGAAGCUCCACGAUGAAUCUGAAAGUUAUAGUAGCUCCAUACGAUUGACCGAGAAGAGUCUUUUCGAAGCUUCGAAUUAAAUAGGCUUGCUAUGAUCUCUAUUCAUUUUCCAUCGCGCGCCGAUAUGCUUCAACUACAGCAGUACAGAGUACACGCUCAAGUC